UGAUGCUCAUAUGUGUCAACUAGACAGAAGAGAUGGACGACAUCGAUGCCUUGUUUAGUGACCUGCUCGGAGAGAUGGAUAAUCUCUCUCAGAGUCUAACAUUUGCAGUCAACAGCUCAGAAGUGGCAGCUGCCUCACAAGGCAGUGCCUUCUCCGUCAGUUUCAUCGACCUGAACGAGUCACUUAAUGACCUGGAGGACCAUGACCUGGAUGUUUUGGUGGCCGACCUGGAAUCUAAAUUAACUUCACAAGAAUCCUCUAUGAAUGAUGAAAGCAGCAGCCAAACAAAUAAUCAAACCUCACCAGCCGUCAUGACGUCUGAGCCAGCGGUUAUACUUCCUACACCCACGGCAGAGUCAUCCAGGGGGAUAAACAGGGAACCCCAAACAAAGGGAGAAAAAAUUAAACUUGCUCUGGAGAAACUGAAAGAAGCCAAAGUGAGGAAGUUGAUAGUGAAGGUGCUGCUGACUGACAACAGCUCCAAGACUCUGAUGGUGGAUGAGAGGCAGACGGUUCGACAGGUUUUGGACAAGUUGUUUGAGAAAACGCACUGUGACUUCAGCAUAGACUGGAGUCUGUGUGAGAGCAACCCUGAGCUGCAGAUUGAAAGAGGCUUUGAGGAUCAUGAAAAUUUAGUGGAAUCUCUGUCUGCUUGGACUCGCCGCAGUGAAAACAAAAUCCAUUUUGUGUCAAAACCCCAAAAGUACAUGAUGUUCACAGAGCCUCAAAUUUUUUACAUGCGUAAAAAGGAAAAAGACAGCAUGAGUGAGAUAAAAAGCCAGAACAAAGAGCUCCUAAUAAAGGAGAAUUUUGGAGGUUUAACUGUGAUUGUUCCUGACCUUGAAGGCACACUGUACCUAAAAGAAGAUGGGAAGAAGGUUUGGAAACCUCGCUUCUUUGUGCUUAGAGCCUCGGGCAUUUAUUAUGUGCCCAAAGGAAAAACAAAGUCUUCCACUGAUCUGGUCUGUUUUACGCGCUUAGGAAAAGUCAACGUUUACACCACCAGCAACUACAAACAGAAAUUCAGAGCUCCCACCAACUUCUGCUUCUUAUUGAAGCAUCCCUGCAUCCAGAAGGAGUCUCCCCACAUCAGGUUCCUUUGCUGUGAUGACGAACACACACUGUUGCUUUGGGUCAACUCCAUCAGAAUAGGCAAGUAUGGCACACAGCUGUACGAGAACUAUCGAGAUGCAGUGCAGAGAAUGAGCACUUUGCAAACUCUUCUUUCUGCAGCACAUAAAGACAGAUCCAAUGGUCACACCCCUCUGGCCAGACCGCACCCUGGCUCUUCUCCACCAAAGUCCACAAAUAUUGAUGACUACCCACAUGAGCCACCACCUGACUUCAUCCCUCCUCCUCCUCCAGAACAUAAAAAUGUUUGAGACAUAAAGCCAUGUGGAAAAAUAAGGGACACUCUCUCUCUCUCUCUCUCUCUCGCUCUCUCUUUCUUUCUCUUUCUUCCUAAGGUUUUUUGUAUCAGCAUAAAAGAAAUAAAAAUUUUGUCUUUACCUCCUCUCAGAACCAGAUAAAUACAACCUUAGAUCAACAAAAGUCACAUUUUAGUUGUCAGACAGAUGAACUCAGGAGUUUAUGAUCCACUCAGUGAGUGCAACAUCUCCAGGUCGUGUGGCUGCAAAACAAGCCCAAACCAUCAGUCCUCCACCACCGUGCUUGACAGUCUGUGUCUGGUUUUCACCAAAUGUGCUGCUGCGAUUUAUGAUCAAACAUCUCCACUUUGGUCUCACUUGUCCAAAGGACAUUAUUUAAAGUGUCUUGUGAUUUAUUUAGUUACAACUUUGUAAACGAAGCUGUGUUACCAUGUUCUUUAUAGAAGGAAGAGUCUUUCUCUUGUAACCCUUUCAAACAAUCUACAUUUUUUUAGUCCUUUUUCUAUUUCCUCAUUGAGUUUAGGAAACCCCUUCUAAUUAGUAUCGCUGGUAAGAUCAAUGCAGUUAAAAUAGUUGCACUGCUUAGCUUCAUUUAUCUCUUUCAGUCAGUUUACGUGUUACAGCUCAGUCUUUUUAAGGCAGUUAGGCUCAGUAGUCAUACCGUUAAUAUGAAAUUACAAGGCUGUUAAUAAUUUUAGAACAUCACCAAUCUAAACUAAAUCAGGAAGGUGGUUUUGCUCUACUAAACUUUAAAAUUUAUCAAUGGGCUGUGUCAGAGUCUUGUCUGGUUUGGUUCCAUAUUGAACCCUCCCUUUUUUGCAGUUUAUCUGCACUGUCUGACCUUGGGGUGAAUUUUCUGGGAUGUCCACUUCUGGAAAAAUGGCAGCUAUCUUGAAUGUUGAAUGUUUUGUGUGAAAAAUCUUCCUCUCUGUAGAAUGAUGAAGAGUCUUUCUCUUGCAACCCUUACAUGCAACCUAUACAUGUUCAGUCUUUUUUUAAUUGUACUGCCAUGAGCUUUGAAGUUGCACUACACAAUUUUCCACUUUUAAAACUCCAUACCUCUGACUUGUUUUAAUGGCACAGUGAAGUUUAUUAUGUACAUUUCUGGAUUCGUCAUUGCCCAGCAGUGUCCUGAGUCUUGGAAACCGCACCUCACAACUUUUUUUUCCCCCUUUCUUUCUGAAGCAUCAUUUAUACUUUCAACUAAAUUAAUUAUUAGUGAUAAUAAAUAAUUAUUAAUUAAUGAUAGACUUUAAAUAGUUGGAAAAUGAUCAUAUAAACCUUAACAUAGGCAGAAACAUUUACUUCUCUAAGUUCUAAUGCUGAUGUCUUUCCUCCUUGGCAUUUUGUUAACAACCUGAAUAGCCCAGGCCAGCAAACUACCAAAACUUCUGCUCACACAGAUGAGCAAUGAAUAAAGUGUGCUUGAUUAACAGCACACAGCUGCCACUUAGCCUCUGAAUUCCUAUAGAAGCAGUGAGAAUGUGUUUCUUCAGCAUGUUAGCUUUUAUUUAAAUGAGUUGUAAUACACUGUAAUGUGUCACAUUUUGAUGUUGACCUAAGGUUGUAUUUAUAUCAUUUUAAGACCAGGUAAGGACUAUACGAUAGAUUAAAAACAGUAGACACUGUGUCUGGAUUUAGCCAAUUUAGCUCUAGUAAUAUAAUAUAGUUGUAAUCAUACAAAGAGCUUAUUUUAUAGGUUAUUUAUUGGCAUAAUCCUUGAUAUUGAUAUUUAUUUGUAUUAUGCUUUGAACAAACAGACUUUCAUCAACUGUUUCAAUGAGCUGUUUAUUACAAAAAGACUGUACAUAAAUUUCAAUGAGCACAUCCUAUUUACAAACUGAGGAGGACAAACAUCAGAUUCUGUUCCCAUGAACAUUUAGAUUACAGAUGUUUUUGUUCUUUUUUCCCUUUAUUUCACAUUUGAUCAUAAGAAAACACAUUAAAGAAAGGCGCCUCGUCCUGUGAUGCCAUGGAAAUGCUACAUGUUAAGUGGUAAACAUUACAAAUUUCUGCACGUCAGUGGUCGUCUCAUGAUUUCUCUAUGAAAGGAGUAUAAAUAAAUCCCUUACAUACAAACUGCUAGCGACUCUUCCUCAGCAGUCUCGGACAUAAAAAGAAGUUGAAUGCAAAGCUAGAAAUACGUUAGGUAGAAAAAGUUGGUUUUUCGGGAAAAACAUUGACAUGAUGGAAAAAAUACAAUCAAGAAUGGGAUGCAGCGGCGACUUAUUCUCUAAUAUUUUAUACAUUAUAUACGUUCAUGCAGAGGCUGAAUGAAUACUGUCAACAUGAAGACGUCUCUUCUGGUUAGAGAGCUAAAUAUGUUACUUCUGUGCCUCCUUCUUAAAUUAAAUGCCAAUUAUCUAAGAUGUAUACAUGAUAAUGUUUAUGUGAUGCAUUACAUACAUGUACUCUGAUACAGGGAUCAGCUUCACUUUUACUUUCUCCAACAAUUAUUUUUAUAAGGGCAUGAAAUUUAUCUUGUAAACUGCCCUUAUUAAGACCUCAGGAUUGAACUUCACCCUCUUAAAGGUGUCACCGACCUGUUCUAGCUGUGGCACAUUACCGCCGAGUCGCCUUACAUUCACUACAAUACAGAUUCGGCUGAAGUGUUUUACAAUCACAAUGAUCAAUGUUCACCUUCUGGUUCAAAAUAAGGUUGUUUGAGGUUGUUUGGGUUGGUGAUUCUGGUUGUUGAGCACCAAUGUAAAGCACCACACCAGCAACCACUUACAGAACAGACAAGUCGUGAAUGUUGGUCAAUACUUCUGAGGAUGCAACUCUUGACGUUGCGAUCAAAUCACAGUUGUUAACUAAUCAGUGCAGCUACACACAGUGGAAAACAAACAUGAAGACACGCUGCAGUAGUCCGUCCACGUCUCACAGCUCUGCUACAGUAGCUGGACAGCAUCACUACGUACACUGACCAUGAUCAAAUGAUACAGUUGUGACUUAAAGAUAUAAAAAAAUAAAUGCUUAUACACAAUCACUUUGCCUGGAUCAAGUUAAAAAUGGCACUGUGACCGAUGAUUAAAUUAACAUUCAAGUAAAUGUAAUCCAAAUUU